UGGUGAAAUGACAGAAGACGUUUGUUAGCGAAAGAGUAAGGACAUAUUUUUGUUUCGACAGCUUUCAGAACUUUACUUAAAUUAGUGCUGAAGGCUUAAUAGUUAUGGCGACACAGGACUCUUCGUGUGGAAACCGUUAUCAAGUCUUGUGUUAUGAACAAGUGGAAAAACUUGACAAAGUUAUGGAAGAAGCGAUUCCUAUCCACGGCCGUGGGAAUUUCCCGACUUUGGAAGUGAAGUUGAAGGAUUUAGUGCAAGUUGUGAGAGAAAAGUUACGGACAGAAGGGGUAAGUGUCCGAGACAUUCGUUUAAAUGGAGGUGCAGCGAGUUACAUUCUUGGAAACGCGAGCGAAAAUACUGUUCAACCGUACAAUGAUCUUGACUUGAUUUUUGGCGUCGAUUUGCGGAAUCCUAAUGAUUUGCAGAAAAUCAAGAAUUGUGUUCUCAGCUGCCUGUUGGACUUUUUGCCUGAAGGUGUAAACCGUGAGAAGAUGUCAAGUUGCAGUCUCAAGGAGGCUUAUGUUCAAAAGCUGGUAAAAGUCUGCAAUGAGAAAGGGGACAGAUGGAGUCUGAUUUCUCUGUCAAAUAAUAAGGGGAAAAAUGUGGAGUUGAAAUUUGUGGACAAGGUGAAACGCCAGUACGAAUUUAGUGUUGAUUCAUUCCAAAUCUUGCUUGAUAGCCUAUUGACGUUUUAUGAUAUUUCGGGAACGCCCAUGAACGAAAACAUCUACCCGACCCUCGUAGCUGAAAGCGUCUAUGGUGAUUUCUCCGAAGCUUGGUCGCACCUCAAUUCCAAGUUGAUCGCCACGAGAAAGCCAGAGGAGAUACGUGGAGGAGGCCUGUUGAAGUACUGCAGUCUGUUGACACGCGGAUUUCAACCUGCUAAAUCAAUGGACAUUUGCCAAACCGAGCGAUACAUGUGCUCGCGGUUCUUUAUUGACUUUAGUGAUGUGACGCAGCAAAGACAAAAACUAGAAGCAUAUCUGAACAAUCACUUCAGUGGAGAAGAAGAACUGAAACAUGAGUACCUUAUGACUUUGUACAGAGUCGUGGAUGAGAGCACAAUAUGCCUCAUGGGUCACGAACGCAGACAGACACUUAAUUUGAUUCAGCAGUUAGCGUGCCAGGUGUUAAUGGAACAAGAGCAGAGAGCACAUAACAAAUACCUUGAGAUGCAGCAAUUUGAUCAGCUCAACGGUCUUACCAUUGACCAAGUGUACUAUGGACCGAUCGAGUUGAAUCUUUCCGGACAGUACUAUUAUAAUAACAGCUACCCUCAGGUGUUCAUGAACGGACAAUGCCCGUAUUGUCCGAGUCCCGCCUUUCUCCCGUGUUCAUGAUUGUUCGAUCAUGAUCAAGUGAUGUUCCGAACAUGAUUAGGUAGGGCAAUACACAGGAGUAUCAAUGUGCCAGUUUAUUUCGACUGUCUUCUUUAAAUGGAAGUACCGUUUGUGAUAUAAAGAUUAUCAGAUCUCCAAAUUAGGAGUAUAUUACUAUUGUUUGAAAAAUUCUUGAUAAAUAAUUAUUGUGCUCUAGGGUUCAUGGUGUAAUGGGAAAUCCUAGAAAAUAUGGAAGAAAAUGUGUUCAGUUUCAAAUGUUUAUUGUUUACCUUUAAUUGAUGCAUAUGUUUGUUAUAUAUAUAUAUAUACUUAUCUAUAUAUAUAUAUAUGUAUAUAUUUGAAUGACAUGAUAAAUGAACUGGAGUAAACAAUAUUGGUAUGUGUAUAAAAUUGAAGAAUUAGAUUUUGCACAUAAACUUGAAGCCUUGAGCAUAGCACUCAUACAAGAUGGUUCAAGGUUUGGAUUAUCUGGUGCUCUUGAAGAUGUAUUUGAAAAAAGCAGUCUCAGAGUACCAAGACUUAUGUAAGUAAAUUUGGUGGAAAUGAACAAACUUUUUACUGACUUGAGUAAUUUUUGAGGGUUUUUAUUUCCUCGUUUAUGUGUGAAGUCGUAAACAGCAGAUGUAGACAACUAUAAUUUCGGGAGCAAGUUUCCAGACAAGAAAGUGCUCUAACAAGUGAUACUGAUAGUGUGAGUAAUCUUGCUAUUAAAGACCUGUACCCCAUAGCGCAAACAUCAAGUGAGCUGACAUAGGCACAUUUACCCAUGGCCUGACAUUAUCUAUAGACCUGGUAUGCGCACAGUAGCUAAUGUUAUAUUCCCUGCUAAACUACUGUGGCAUUUGGCUAAGAGUUAUACAUGAAAAAGCAGUGCAGAAAAUCUGCACUAAUUUCUUGUGCAAUGCCAUGAUUAAGGCCAAAUGUUAUGACAUAAUUUGUAUGUUCACGCAUAUUUAGUGGCUUUUCCUGAUCAUACAGAAAUGUACAAAUACAUGUAUAAUAAACUGUUUUGCUGGUUUCUUCAACUGGUCAGGCAUUAAUAAUUUAUGGUGUCUGUUUAGGGUGAUCAGAAUUACUGUAAGUGUACUUUUAUAAAUGAUUAUAAUCAUAGUUAAACAUAUUGAUUGUUGAUGUUAAUUAUUAUGAACAUUACACAAAUUUUCAACAUGUAAUAAAUAGAAAUUGAUACAACCUUGUAACAUCAGUACAAAUUGGUAUUAAACCUAUCGAAAUUCAGUCCAUUUCUUGCUCCAAGCAUUUUAAAUAUUGAUAUUCAUAUACGUGUAAGUUGCUGUUUUUCAUCAAUUACUCAAUUAAAAUUAAACAAUUUCCUUGUAGUAUAUCUACGAAAUCUUUCAUAGUUAAUUUAAGAGUAAGUGCAUGAGUUUGUUGGAAAAAAGACAAACACUUCAGUCUUAAGAAUUAUCAUUAUAAUGUUAGGCCACAAUUAAUAAUUAACUUUGUUUGGUGUUCCCUGACCAACUCAUUAAAAUACCCUUGUUCUGAAUUUCUUUUUAAACCAGAUGUUAUUGGGGUUUUUUCAUUUUUCAUUCCAGAAUUAGGAAAUUAGGAAAUACAAAAAAAUACCUAUCUUACCACACCUAAAAGCGUGUACGAAAACACCAUACAAACUAUUUAUUAAAUUGUGGCCUUAGUGUUGGUACAAAAAAAAAGACCCUCGUAAUUAAAUCACAAAAAAAUGCCGACAAGUGUGGAGGUGUUUUGUCCUGAAUAUUUAUGCUCUGAGAUUCAUAAAUUGUUCAACACUGUACUCUGCCAUUUGGGUAUAUGAAUAUAUUUGCAAGAUAUUAGUGCUACUACUGAUAAGCCACCACUAUGUGGUGCAAAAAGAGUCCAUUGCAAAUGUAUAGAAAUCCGAUUACCCAAAAGAUAUAUAUGUAUUGCUACACAAUGCUGCAUGGCUCAGGAAUAGCCUUGGGGUUAUGUAAUUACAGUAAUUGACUAGGCAAUACAAAGCAACAUAUUCUUCCAUAUUCACCACUCGGAAAUGUUAUCUAUGGCAAAAAAGUAGCAGUCUCUGUACCAUUGAUGCAAUUGUUAUGGGUUUUCAUGACUUUGAACUAGGAUUUGCUUUAUUCUGCAGUAUAUUAUAGAGGGGUAGUCGAUAGGCUUCUUUCCCUCGAAAAUUGUCUUGAAAUCAUGCAGUUUUUCCCAGAACUUUUAAUUCUCUCUGGAAAAUUCAUUUCUCUUAAACCGUUAAAAGUUUUCUCAUGCAAAUUUCCGGUUUAAGCUUCGGCGAAAAUAAAAUGCUAGGCUUGGAAACUCUCCCUUGAAUCCCUCAAGAUAAACUAGACACCUACUUAAAGUUUUAAAUGUUAAGAAUUAAAAUCUUCAUGCUGUAAGAAAUCUAACUAUGUAAAGAAUAAAAUGUUUUUUUGCCAGUAUAAUAGCUUAUUUUGAAGUAUUUGUGUUUCUCUCUCUUUAAAGAACAUGGCAAUAAAAUUCAAUUGGUUGCCUUCAGAUUUCUGAAUAAAUGUGAGUGUAUAAAAAAAUUACAUGUAAUUUAUAAUGUUGUCAGACAAUUUACGUAAUGAAUACUCAGAAAUCCAUCUUGUUAAAUCCUUAGAUGUGGUCCAGUUUUUUUACCAGUUAGCUUGCGAAUAACAAAAUGUAGAGACAGUUCACAAAUUUAUGCUACAUAAGGGGUGAAAAACGUUAACACUAAACAUUUAAAUCUUUUUUUCCACUUUAAGGUCUGUUUUGCUUGUUCUUUUUAGGCUUUUGAAACAAAAACAAAGCUAAACGUUAGAGUAAAGGAUUGUUUUGUUUUAGAAAUUUAUCAUUUAGGAAUCCUAUUGUUCAUAUCAUUCCCGGAGUUUGAAAGGGCGUUAAACCGCAUUUUACUCUUAAAUCUUACAUUUCAGAUAAGCCUUCCAUCACUUAUACAAAAUAUUGCAACUGGUUAAUUUUCCUUUUAAAGGGGCUAUACACCGUAUGAUGAAAUAGCGAAAAAAAAGAAGAUUGUCGAAAACUGAAAUGAACUUGGUAUUGAUGUGUACAUUGCAUUGAAACUAACUACAUGUAGUUGAAGUACCACAUAGUUAAAUUACAAUUAAUUUAUUUUUUGCAGUGUUUUCAUAUUUUUCCAUUAAAAAAGAUUACUAGGUAUGUCUACCUAGUAGAAUUCAUUCUUAUACAUGAUUGGCUAGUAUAUGUUAUCACGUGAUAUUUACCAUGUUAGUUGUAAAGCUUAAAUAUUCCUACAGUUUAGGAUAAGCCUUUGUAGCACAGUGGAUACAACACUGGACUGCAAUUUUGGCGACACCGGUUCGAACCCAGUCCCCAACACGAUUUUAUUUUUACAUUUUGGUAUAUAUUUUUUUACAAUUAUGAUGUCAAUAAGAGUAAAACAUUUUAUUAAAUAAUUGUCCUGAGAUUUGUUACAGAAAUAAUUUUGUUGGUGCCAAUCUGGUGUAAAGUCCCUUUAAAGUUACAAAGUGUUGAGUUUGAAUUAUUUCGUAGUUUUCACUUAGAGCUUUUUUUAUAAAACUGCAUAAAUUUAAUCUUGAUGUUAAUAACUUGAACGCACUAACAUAAUGCGCCCCGAUGGCCUACCUUUAACUUCAAUUUUUUAACACUGUAAAAUCCAGUCUAAUGUGCUGAUCAAUUAACCUAAUGAGUUCUUAUGUCACAUAAAAAAGUAUCAUUCCUACAAGUUUGAAUUUAAUUUUUAAAUUGUCCCUUUUAAACGGAAUUUAAGUUCCACAGAAAAAAUUAAACUCCUUUUAAAUUCAGUAGACCUGAAGACAAUUUUUUUUUAAAAAUUGACAAUGGUUUGAUUUUUUCUCCGGGGUAUGACAGAUCUCUAUGUUUGUAAUGGACUGUUUUGAAAUCGAAUACAUACGAAUAGGCAAUAUAAGUCUUUUUUUUAUCUGAUGACUUAUGCCAAUAAGAUAAAUGUAUAUAUUUGUUGUUGUUUUUUCAUUUACAUUUAAGAAUUGAUGUAAAACAUCUUUAUCGACAUACAUGUAUAUUUUGCUGCAAUUCAUUUCAUUAAUUGUUAUAUAAAAAAUCUUAAUGUUUGAUUCAAUACAUUACUUUCAAAUACAAGAAUAUUUUUGUAUAAAAUAUUUACGCAAAUAUUUAACUGUUGUUUAAAUACUUUAUCUGCUGUUCACAUGACUAUUCUAAAUGCUGUAAAACUAUGUUAAUUAAACCAAGCAUUUCAUUAACAUGUAUAUUUGUUUCUUACUUUAAGCUGCACUCUCACAGAUUGACCGUUUUGACAGCUUUUUUUAUAUUUGGUCUUGGGAUGAGUUAAUUUUUGUGUAAAUGUCUGAAAACCAGUAAAACAAGACUGCUGACCAAAGAUCAGAUCACAGUUUUUUAUUAUUAUGCUUGAAAAUUGAUAUUUAUUGCUAAAAGCGUUACCAUCGCUUUAAGAAAAUUGUAUUUCGGAAGUUUUCCCAAAAAUUGAGAUCUGUUCGUUUGUGAAUGAUCUUAUAUGACUGAAUUGAAGGCAUUAAUACCAAAAUCAGCUGAUUCCGAGACAAAAACUAAAAAAGUAAAAACUGUCAAGCUGUGAGAGUGCCGCUUUAAAAGCAAUACAUGUAUAUAUAUAUAGCCUACAUAACAGCGCUGACUUUGUUACGUACAUGUUAAAUUGGAGAUACAGACAAUGAGACUUUAAUUUUCUAAAGUAUUUUUACACUAACCAGAUAUAUUUUUGAUUAAGGAAUCAUUCAUGAGUGAUGUUCAGUACGUUGUUAUAUUCAUCGUUGUUAACUUUCAAACCGUUACUGCUGUAAAACUUUCAUGGAAACAUUUGUGAUCUGCAAAAUUUCAUUCGAGACAACCGUUUAAGCUCUACUUGAAAUUAUUUAACCAUAUCAUAAAAAAAUGCAUUCUAAUGUUUAAUUUUUAACAACACUGCUGUAUGUCAUAUUGUUAAUUUUUAGGUAAAGCUGAACAAGUUACUGCCAUACGUAGUUGUUUUAACACUAAUAAUUGCAAAUUAGGGGUAUAGUUAAAGAGUUUGCAAGGGUGCUGUACUAUUUAUAGAAAAUUUAAAUGUGAUUAUAAAUACAAACAAACUAUACUUAUUCGGCAGUUGAAACCUAUAAAUGUUGCUUUAAUUAAACGCAAUUCAUAGCAUUUUAUGUCAACUUUAGACUGUUAAAAAUCUUCACAGCCCGAUACAAUAAAUAAGCCCUUUUCUUUCCUUAGCACCCGGUCCCUCUUUUGUAGCUUUCAGGUCCUUUUGAAGACCCGACUUAAAUAUCCUAAAAGCUGUAUAUUUAUAUAUAUGCUUGAUCUUAGUAUCAUAUAAGGCUUUACCACAUACGAUAAAGUUAUUGGCACUAUUUCAAUAAUUAUGAAACAAGCUUUGAAUAUGUAUAGUACAAUGUACACAUAAAACAGUCAUUUUCUGUUUUGUUCUCACGCCGUGUUUGUCUCAGUAAAAUAGAACAGGAACUUAAUUUAGUCAAUUAUUAAUAAAAGAAUGAUGCUGUUUAUUGUGAACAGAAUAAUUAAGUUUCGUUAUGAGAUAAUUAUUAUACAAUAUUAGAUAAAACAUCAUAAUUGUACUCAUGGGGCAAAUACCUGAUAGCUGAUACAGCUGUUUACGAGCCAUUUGAAAUCACCUUAUAAAGGAAAUAAACGUUUAAUUAUUUAUUAAAUAUUUCUGGAGACGCUUAAAUAUUAUACAUUUUGACAAGAAUUAAAAUUAAUUAUACGUGAAUUUAAAAAAAACUUUGAGAUUGAUUUUGACAAUUUAUUAUUAAAAAUUACACAAUUUUGAGUAUAAACUAUAAUUAUAAUAUAAACUGUAAUGAUACAAACUUGUACUUUUACAAUGAAUUUAAGGACCUUUCUUCAGCAUUUUUAUUACUUUUUUUCAACAUAAUUCACUUGAAAAUGGCCCAGUUUUAGUAAUCUUACAAAAUACUGCACCUUUGUCGUAAUUCUUAAGUGUUGAAGAUGAGUUUGAAAAGGUUAUGCGCAAACUUAGAUAGUCACAAUUCUGUUAUUGAAUUAUUGAAUUCAAAUCGCUACAAGAAGCAUUAAGUAGGAUAAUAUUUGAUAUGAAAGAUAAUAUUUGUUUAGUAGCUAUAAACUAUUCACAUAUUAUCUGCCAAACUGAUAAACAUGUUUACUUUGUACAAUUGUUUUAAAUAUGCUCUUGAUUCUGUUAGUUGGUAUCCCACAGUUGAAUUUUGUUGAUAACAUAUAUGACCUUCAUUCUAGUUUUUUUCUUUAAAUAUGCAUAUGUGAGGUUAUCUUUCAAAAUUUGCAUAUUUGCAAUGGCUAAAUUUUCUAUAAUUUGUUAAAAACCUGUGGAUCCAAUUUUCGAAUUUGCUGGUUUAUCUACCACAUAAAUCCCAGUAAAUUUAAAAGUAAUGUUGGUAUUACCGUAUAUGGAACUGGACUUAUCACAUGACUUGCACAUACUAAAUAUACACUCUAUAAACUGGGAAACCAUUUUGUGCUAUUUUUAAACAGGUAAACACAGCUCUGACAGUGACAAAAUAUUAUUUUAAACACGUAAAAUGAUGGAUUAUUGGCCUCGUACUAGCUCGUAUUGACAAUUCUAGGCUUGUUUUAAGGAAAUACUGUACUUGCCGAUUUGGAAACUUCUGGUGUGUAGUCCCUUUAAAAUUGAUUAAGAAAUUGAAGCCUUGAGCUGGCAAUUAUAUCAUUAAGCUCCCUUGUUAAAAGUAAGGUAAUUGCUGAGUAAUGCAAAAAACUCCUGACCAACCAACAUGUGAAAUACACCUUUACGCCAGACUACUGCAUACAGACGAUUUUUAAGAAUAGCAUUAUAAUAAAAAUUCUGUACAUAUAUUUUUUCAUAAUAGAGUGAUAAUGCAUCAUUCUUUUCCUUUCUAAUACUAAUUAUAGGUUUUCUAUAACAGAGUUUCUGUAAUACUUAUAAUUGAUAUUUACUCUGUAGUAAUUGAACAAUUUUGAACAAGGCUUUGGGUCAGUAAGUUUAUUUAUUUUUAUUACAUGAUUAUCUGUUGAACUUUUUGUCAGGUGAAAUAUUAUCAGAAUUGACCCUGUUUAGUGUUAUCAAGGUAUAAAGUUAUUUUUGCAAAUGUUUUUGAUGAUAUUUUUAUAUCAAGGUCAAGUUUAAAAUCUGAACAAUAUUUUAAUGGUUUCUAUUUUUCUGCCAUAAUAUUUCUUUGACUCUACAAACUUUGUUUUUUGUAGAGAUUUUCUUUUUCAUCUUCUAGUAUUUUUUUUAACGUUUUUUUUUAUAGAACUAACUGUUUGAUGAAUGCAACUUGGCCCUCUUUGUUGAAUGAAGAUUUUCAUGAAUGGUCAUAGAUAGAAACACUAGAGAAAUUAAGUGUUGCUGGACGGAUACUGAUUCAAUCUUCGAGAAAGUUUCCGGUAAAUAUAACGUCGAAAUUUCGUUUAGUCAAUAAUUGAUUUCAUUAAGUGAAUUUAUUAGCAGUUUGCAAAUACCUGCCGGUAAGAAAAGAGACAUAUUGCGCUAAUCACUAAGAUACAUGUAGCUAUUAUUUAUUUUUGCUCUUCUUGACGAAUUAGUAGGCGAUGUGCACUGUGCCAGGCCUAUCGACUCGAGCAUUUAGAAAACCAAAAAUUAACAAUAACUUUUACACAGUUCAUAUAUAAUCUCACUGUUGAACAAUUGCUGAUAUUUUGUUAUUUAGAACAUUGCUGUUAAUUACACUGCUGUUAAGUAACUUUUACAGUUUCGUUGUGAUCGCUACCAGAACUUGUUUUUUUGUUAAGUUUUUUUUUGCUUGUUAACAAAAUUGAUUGUUUUUCUGUAUCAAAGUUGAUUGUUUUUCUAUACUGCUGGUCUUGUUAAAGCACUAUUUUCUGCAUGUUAACUAUUAUCUAUUGUCAUCAUUAUUUGAUUAGAAUCAAUCAUACGAUUUACUUUUAUCUUGCCAUCUGACAAUGUACUAUGUUUAAUGACUAUAGUUAUAUAAAUGUGUUUUGAAAUGAUAAUAACUUCAGGACAUUAAUUAAUAUUAAGGCCAAAUAAAAAUAAUGGUUUGGUUACUGUAACAUGCAGAUGAAAGAAGCUUCAGUAGGUACGGAAAACAUCUUAUUUUCGAAAAUUAUGUUAUUGCGUACAAAGUAUGCAUAUCAUUGUAUUGUUUUCAUACAUACACAAUCAGGCAUUACUAAGAAAGUAACAUAACUCUUAUAAUGGUAUGAUGAAUUAUCACUUUGUACAAGUCAGGGGGGAUCCAGGAAUUGGCCUUAGAGGGGGCGUAACUUAAGGGCACAACCUUUUGACAUUCCCCCCUUCCUCCAAAAUUUAAUUAGAUUAAAAUGUUGGUAUUGUUGUUUGAGGGUACUACCCCAAGAACAUUUUAGCAAUAUCUAGUCAAAAAUGGUGCAAUUUGAGUGAUUUUUUAUUACUUUUUUUCGCUGAUAUUGACAUAAAAAGUAAACUUUGACGAUUUUAGAGGAGGCGCGCCCCUUACCCCCCAUGGAUUUGCGUGUGCAAAUAAAAGUUCCACAGAUUUAUAUUUCCAAUAUAAAUGGAAAUUUAUUUUUUUAAAAAUCAAAUAGGAUCAGGUCUCGGGAUUGGUAGGGUAACCAAAUUCAAAUAAUUUUUAUUUGGCCUUGAUAAUGUACAGGACAAUAUGUUAUCAAAUUGAGGAGUGCUCCUGAUAUAAAGAUUAUUCUUGCAAAUUUGGAAAGUAAUUAAUUGCUGUUAAAGUUAAUUAUAUUUUGUUAAAACUUAAAGGUCUGGAGAUUGAUUUUAUGUUAAAGUGACUUAAUGUUACUUAUAUUUGAACAUUUAUUUUAUUUUUAUAUAUUGUUAUACAAGUUAAAAGAUAAAAGCCGAUAAAAGUUAAAAAUGAUUAUUUUAUAAAAAUUUAAAUUAUCUUUUUUAUUCAACAAUAAUUCUCUUCAUUUGACCCGCUAACUUUUGGUUUUUAAGUGAAAUGUCAAACAGUUUCUUGUUGUGUGAAAUAUUUAACUGACAUUUGUAACAUUUAGAUUUAUUUUUUAUUUCACAGACCUACUUUCCUAAAUGGAAGAAUGCUUUUGCUUAUAAUGUACACAAAACACAGCAAAGUAUAAACCUUGUUUGUUUAAAGAUUAAUUUUCCUAAGAAAUUAUUUGUACAUGCUCCAAAUGUGUAUUGAUUAUGGUAUUAGCGCGCAACACAUUGUAGUUUCUGUUCAAUAUUUAUAAUAGGGGUAUAUUUUAUUUCUUUGAGUUUUUCUUUGGGGAGAAAAAAAAUCUAGAUAUUAUCAUGACCUUGGUGUCGUUGGCGUUGCUGUUGUUGUUAAAAAAAAUUAACCUUGGUCAUAACUUUUUUUUUUUUAAAUAUUCUCAUGAAAGUUGGUAAACAUGUUAACAGAGACAAUACAGACAUGUAUAGCAAUUCCCGUAACUCUGGUUUUAAUAAUUAUGUCCCUUUUUCGACUGAUGACAAUAAAAGACUAUAAUGGUAUGAAUUUUCUAAGCUGUGCCCUUGUUUGAAGAAAAUAUUUAUGUGCUGAUUUUUUCAUCAUCAUAAUAUAUAUGUAAGGAAUCUUAGUCUUAUUAUACCAAUGUUGUUUUUUGUUUUUUAAUUAAUGACUUUUCAUUUUUGAAAAAUAAUAUUUGACGUAUUUGAUGUAAAUUUUAUAAUGUACUUAUAAAGUGACAAAUUAGGAAUGAUAUUGCUGAACAAUAAUUAUUCAGUAUAUUUAGUCCCAUUUCACUGUCUGCAUACAAUUAUUUUGAUUAAUAAGAUGUUUAUUUAAAAGAUAAAUUAAAAAAUAAUAUAUUCGAAAAUUGCUGUCAUUUUUCUUUUUUAAAUAAUAAAUAUAAAGGUAAAAUAUUUGUGCCUUUUAAAGAGAUUGUUAUGAUUUUAACACCAUCAGAGCUAAUUUUUAUAAAAGAGCAUAUACAAUUAUUAAGUUCAAAUAAAUAUUCCAAAAUAGGUGCAAAAGAAUAUGUUAUAAUUAGUUCCAUGAUAAUUCUGUUACUUGGCAGAAAUGCUUGUAUUUAUGCAGAUUUUUUCUCUCUAUACUUUAUUAUAAAUGCUAUCAGUAGCAUGUUUUGUUGACAUGUGUUACAAUAUUGAAUAAAAAAUGAGAAAAGGG